AUGUUCCCAGCGAUGAUUCAUGCAAUGUUCCUGGUGAUGAUUUAUAUGAUGUUCCCAGUGAUGAUUCAUAUGAUGUUCUCAGUGAUGAUUCAUACAAUAUUUCCAUUAAUAAUUCACGCAAAAGUCAUGGCGAUGAUUCAUGUGAUAGUUGUGAAUUUUUUUUUGUGGAG